AAAAAGUUAUAGCCUAAAAAAAGAUUUGAUUAUUGCACUAAACAUGUAAAUUUUCUUAAAUUACAAUAUAUAAGGCGUUCAAUGUGGUUCAUUGGCUGCCUAUGCUUUUUGCUACCCUUUUUUAUGGUGUAAAAUGAGUUUAAUUUAAUAAGUAAACAUAUUAGUUUUUUGUUGUUUAUUCUGUUGACAUCCACAAGAACUUCAUUUGUUUAAGAUAAAAUUAUCACAAACAUUGUCAUAUUUUGAUUUUUGGAAAUAUAUAUUGGGCGUAUAAAAGGUAUAUAAAGUGUAUAUUAAUAGUACAUAAUAUUCUAUACUACAAUAGAUCUAGUUAUGGAUCACACAGGAAUGGCAUCUGGCGACAAUAGCGACCGUGUAAUAUCACCAAGACCUACAGCCGUUGAUGCUGCAUCAACGCCUGUGCUUACUAACAACGACUCAGUUAAAAGAGAAGAUAUGGUAGAUAAUAUUAAAUGCACCCCUCAGAUGAUUGAAGACAAUGAAACUAAACUGAAAGACAGGAUUGCACAGUGUAAGAAUAUAAUAGAUUCCCUGAAGCUUGAACUCAAUGAAGAAAAGAAUAAAUUAGAGAAAGAAAGCAAGACAUUUGUAAAUCCUCUUGAAAACGUAGCUAAAUAUAAUUAUCCAGUUCAAGUAUAUUCUGCAGAUAUGUUGCAGGCAGAUACUUCGUUUUCGUCUAAUAUGUAUAGUGCAUGCAUAGAGAGCAAACUGAAUUGUGAUGAAAAUCUUAUAGAAUAUGAAAAACAGCUUCAAAAAUAUCAAAACACACUUAAUUUGGCUCAAACUGAAAAGAAAAACGCUAUUCGGAAGCAAAUGUUAGCAAAAGCUUACAGAUUGAAGCUUUUAGAAAUAGAGAAUCAAUGUAACGUUGAAUUAUUGCGAGUAAAGCAAAGCUUGCAGUGUUUGGAACCCUUAAAAAUUAUUGCAAAUAAAUGGAAAUCAAAUAUUGAUAAUAAUCAAGACUACAAUAGUUUCGAUCUUAUUCCUAGAUAUCCUGAAAUAAAUGUUAAUUCGGGGAUCGAAAUUAACUCUUUAAAAAAUCUGGAUACGAAAAUUAAGAGGUGUGAAGACUGUAUAAAAAUUAAUCCGCAAUAAUUUGCCCAUGUAAAUUUGUUACAGGCUUUCUUAAAUGUUUUAUAAGGUUAAAAUUAUUAAUAUUUUUUUUCUAUUAUA